AGAGACAACUAUAAUUUUAAUGAUUAAUUGUAAAACUCGCAAAAAGUUAGGAAGAUUUGUCGUUUGUGCUCCAAUAAAAAUAUGUUAAUUUAAGUACUUAAAACCUCGGAAAAAUUUCUAAUUUUAUAAUAAAAAGUUAAAAAAGAUUACGAAAUCAACUUAACUUUCCCAUAAAAAUCUGCAAAAACCAAUUCUAAUUUCAUUACCACCAAUUGUCACAAAACACAAACAGCCAAACAAUUUUAAACAAAAUGGAUCGUAAAGCAGAAUUAGAACGCAAAAAGGCACGCUUGGCAGCUUUGCGCGAGGAGAAGGACAGACGUCGCCGUGAAAAAGAAAUGAAAGAUAUGGAAGAAAUAUCUGUGAGAGCUGACAAAGAUCAACGGAAAGAUUUAGAUGAAAUGCUUUCAUCAUUGGGUGUUGCACCCGUUUCAGAAGUUCUAACCUCUUUGUCCUCGGUUAAUUCAUUAAACUCGGAUAAUUCAAAUACUCAAACACCCGAUGUUAGUUUGCAAACAAAUAUGAAUGGACCCAGUGCUAUCAAAAAACCUUUAAAUUUGAGUGUUUACAAUGUUCAAUCUACUAACAUUCCACCAAAAGAAACUCUUACGUAUUCAAAACAAACCCAAACCCAAAGUAGUGGCGGUCAUGAACGUGAUGUUCUUUCUUGCCACUCCUCACCUCUGUCAGGAUAUAUGGAGGAUUGGUGGAGACCACGCAAAGCUCAUGCUACGGAUUAUUAUGAUGAAUACAAUCUAAAUCCGGGUUUAGAAUGGGAGGAUGAAUUCACAGGAGAUGACGAAGAGAGUUCUCUACCACAUUUGGAUGGAUUCACUUCAAAAUUGCCACCCGGCUACUUGACGCAUGGUUUGCCGACAGUGAAGGAUGUUGCACCAGCCAUCACGCCCAUGGAACAAAAGAAAGAGCAGGAGGAAAAGAAAGAGAUUAAGGAACUAUCGGAGGAACAAAAACAGAUGAUUAUCUUAUCGGAGGACUUCCAAAGGUUUGUAGUACGUGCCGGUCGCAUUAUGGAACGGGCUAUUUCGGAGAACGUUGACAUCUAUUUGGAUUAUAUUGGUGGCGGUGAAAACGAAGAGGCAAAUGAUGAAAAAUCGCAUGCACGCCUCUCUUUGAAUCGUGUUUUCUAUGAUGAUCGCUGGUCGAAAAAUCGUUGUAUUACAUGCAUGGAUUGGUCUACACAUUUUCCCGAAUUGGUAGUGGCUUCCUAUCAUAAUAACGAGGAAAGCCCCAAUGAACCGGAUGGUGUUGUCAUGGUUUGGAAUACAAAAUUCAAGAAGAACACACCUGAAGAUGUAUUCCAUUGUCAAAGUGCUGUCAUGUCGACUUGCUUUGCCAAGUUCAAUCCCAAUCUUAUUUUGGGCGGCACUUAUUCCGGUCAAGUUGUACUCUGGGAUAAUCGUGUACAGAAACGUACCCCCAUACAACGUACACCCCUUUCAGCUGCAGCUCACACCCAUCCCGUUUAUUGUCUACAAAUGGUUGGUACACAAAAUGCUCAUAAUGUCAUCUCGAUUUCAUCCGAUGGCAAAUUAUGUUCGUGGAGUUUGGAUAUGUUGUCACAACCGCAAGAUACUUUAGAAUUGCAACAGAGUCAGAAGAAGGCCAUAGCCAUUACCUGUAUGGCAUUCCCGGCCAAUGAGAUUAAUAGUUUAGUGAUGGGCAGUGAAGAUGGUUACGUUUAUUCGGCAUCCCGUCACGGUUUACGUUCUGGAGUCAAUGAAACAUUUGAGAAACAUGUCGGCCCUGUUACUGGCAUCUCGACACAUUACAACCAAUCCUCACCUGACUUUGGCCAUUUGUUCCUUACAUCUUCCAUCGAUUGGACCAUCAAACUGUGGUCGUUAAAGGAUACCAAACCUUUGUACUCGUUUGAAGAUAACUCCGAUUAUGUUAUGGAUGUAGCCUGGUCUCCCAUUCAUCCUGCUCUCUUUGCUGCUGUCGAUGGUAGUGGUCGUCUUGAUUUGUGGAAUCUGAAUCAAGAUACCGAAGUACCCACAGCAUCUGUGGUAGUUGAUGGUGCUCCAGCUUUGAAUCGUGUGUCGUGGAUGCCAAAUGGCCAGCAUGUCACAGUGGGUGAUGAUGGUGGCCAUUUGUAUGUCUACGAUGUGGCAGAGCAUUUGGCGCAACCAUCAAGGGAUGAAUGGUCUAGAUUUAAUGCUACUCUAAAUGAGCUCAAAAUGAAUCAAAACGAUGAGGUUUAAGGAGAAGAAUAAGAAACUGUAACGAAAAAGAAGAUGAAAAAGAAAACGAACAAAGCAUGAUGAAUUUUAUUUAUACAGCUUUUAAAAAAUACUUUUAUAUAAAGUUGUUUCAAAUGGCAAUUUUACAAUAAUUAUUUAGCAUUAUUAUUCUUUCAUUUUCUUCUUUUAAUUUUCUUUUUUUAUUCAAAUAUUUUAAAACAUUUUCUUUUCAUCGUUUCCCCUCUGUUCUUGGUAUUAGAUCUAGUUCAUAUUUCGUCCCUUUAUUUCUUUUUAAUUUCAGUUUUAAUUUGUAUCUCUACUUCUUAAUAUUAUUUUAUUUCUCCUUAAAAGUAUUAUUGUAAGUUCAUUAAAAAUGAAAGUUUUCCCCCUACAUAAAUUAACAACAAAAAAACUAAUAAUAAAUUGUUAAACAAUUUUAAUUUGUAUUAAAUUUUUUUGUACAUUUUUUUUUAAACAAAAUUUAAAACAAUUUUUUGUAUAACAGUCUUAUAUUUUAUGGUAUUAUAUUACGACUUUAAAUAUAAUUUUCUAAAUAUUAAAUCUUUUCAAAAAGAUAUUAUAAUCGGAUAACUUAAAUCGGUUAAUGGCAGUUAUUCUCUAAGAAAAUGUAGUGACAAACUCUAUAAAAAUUCAAUUAAAUGUCACUCAAAAUAUACAUAAAAAAAACUAAUAUUGUAUGAAGAAGAAUAAAGUCUACAAAAAAACUGAAAUUACCUAUUAAGCAGAUCUACAUAAAUAUUUAUUGAAACAAAAUUAUAAUAAAUAUACAUAUAUGAUUUAUUGGAAA